AAAAAAAAGUGUUUCCUGUAUUUUAUAAACCUUUGAAGACAGCCCGUCUAGAGGCGGUCCUGGGAUAACUCGGAAUAAAUAACACUAUGCGAAAUGGAUCAACGACAAAAGUCUAAAUUAUCAUCCCUCAAUGAUGAAGAUAUUGCAACAUUUUUGGAUUUACUAGAAAUCGACGAUGAUACAGACGUGGAAGAAGAUCUCGAAGAUCUUUUAUACGAAAAUGUGGACGAUGCAGAAUUACCUAUCGACACUGGAAUUGACGAGGUGAUUAACAGGGCGGUAAAUUUGUCAGAUUCUAUGCUGGAAUCAGAAGUGUGUGUCAAUUUAUGUCUCGUUGAUCAUUUCAAUAACAGGUUUCAGUCCAUUCCGAUGACUCAACGUUUAUGUGACGAUGAACAAAUGUGCGCACCGAAGAUGAGGACUUUCCUUCGACAAUAUCUGCCAGAUAAACCACAUAAAUGGGGUAUAAAACUUUCGUUUUGUGUGACUCCUUCGGAUUUUGUUAUAACUUCGAAAUAUAUUGCGGCGCAGGAGACAAUGCUGUUCUGACUGAUACACCAGAUCUUGGGGCAUCAGCGAAUGUGGUGGUCCGAUUUUCCCGUAAUAUUCCAGAUUUUAAAAACCAUAUAACAUAUUUCGACAACUAUUACACGUCACUGCCACUUCUGGUUUAUCUAAAAUCACGCGGAAUACAUUCGCUGGGAACUAUUCGUUCAAAUCGAAUUCCGAAUUGCAAACUUCCGACAGAUCUUGAUCUCAGGAAACAACCCCGUGGAUAUUCAACUGAAUUUUGUGGAUCUGCUUUAGGAGUUGACAUUUCUUUAUCAGUUUGGAAGGACAAUAAAAUAGUGUGACUCGCAUCGAGUUACGCAGGCGAAAAGCCCUUCCAGAAUGAAACAAAUGUUAUAAAUAAGGUGUCGCGGUUCGUCCGCUCAGG